AUGGUUAAGUCUAUCAUCGCAGCCAUUUUGUCUGAUACAAAUUUUAUUGAAAAAAUAGUUCACUCUGUUAUCGCCAAAGUGAAAGAACUGGUUGAAUCGUUAAUGGCUAUACAAGAUGAAAAAAUUAGCGAACUUGAAGAUAAAAUUACUCAAUUAGAAGCAAGUCUAACUGAUCAAAAUUUAUUCGUCUCCAAACUUGAAAGCAGUGUAAAGAUAUUGAAAGAUAAAUCUAAUCAUCUGGAACAGUAUGGGCGGCUUGAUAAUUUACGAAUCCAUAAUGUUCCCGAAAUACAAGAUGAAAAUGUGCACAAUAUUGUCAUGAAUUUAGCUACACAAAUGAAAGUCGAAUUACAUUCACAUUCAAUAUCCGUCUGUCAUCGAACUGGACAAGCUAAAAACGGUAAACCAAGGCAAAUUAUCGUUAAAUUUUGUGCUCGUUCUGAGCGAAAUUCUUUCUUGUACGGACGCUCAACACUUGGCAGUAGCAAUCCUGUGUUCAUAUCAGAAGACUUGACAAAAUUGAAUAUGGACAUGCUGAUUAAAGCCAAAAAUCGUCUGGGUUCAAAGAACGUUUUCACAAGAAAUGGGAAAAUCUAUGAAAAACAGAUGAAAAUUUAA